UGCCAGCGCGAGAGUGCCAGCGAGGUGGGCGCUGUGGUAGCCGGCGAGCAGCCGUGGAUGAGGUCAUAGGCAUGGACAAUGGGUUGCAUGGGAUGAGCAGCACACGAGCGGAGCAGCCAUGUCAGGCGAGGUAACGAGGGAGCGAGGGAGCGAGGGGAGCGAGGAGGGCUGUGAAGGGUCUCGUGACGCACCCGAGGUGUGCGGGUUGUUGAGUUUGAGUGGCCCCCCUCGUCCCGUUCUAGCGGUCGCUCAAGUUCCGAGAUCUCAUGCUGCACAUGCGCACAUGAGCUACUUGCGCGCUCACCUCCGGCACCAGCGUUCACCAGCGUUGUCGAUGGUGAUCGGGGCCAGGCGGCCGACAAGUGUUCAACCUCAAACAUCCACUACGUCAUUCCACAUGCCGCGGCCGUCACAGGUUGGACGAGGUACCCUCGCUUCGCUACGCUGCACCGCGGCUGCUCUCAAAGAGGCCAAGACGGGAGAUCGAAGAGGGACAACGGCACCAGCGGCACCAACAUGCGUGACACUGCUGGUCAUCAUGAUGACGGUCCAGGCCGCCCCCUUGCAUGCGGCCCCUGGUCGGUUCUUGAUCUUGCUCGACUGCUAUCCUCCGCGCUCAUUCGCUGGCAUUCCGAGAGCUCUUCGAGAAGCCGCUCACGGUGACCUCAUGCACGUGUACAUGCUUCGGACGCCACUGUCGCCACUAGCGAUCCAGCGAGGCGGUGCAACGCGUCGCUCGUCAGGCUGAGCUGAGUGGAGAAGAGGGGAGUUGUGGGGAGAGUCGCGAGCGUGCGACCGGCGGAGCUGGCCGUCGCCACUCGUCUGAGACGGGUGGUGGUUUCAGAGAAAGAAUGUGCAGAACGGAGUGACUGAUGGCGACCAAGAGCACCAA